AUGCGCACAUCACAAGCCGUCAAGGCGGCAGCCCUCGCGGCGCCCGCCCUUUUGCUCUCCGCCUCUGUUCAAGCGGCAUCAGACUCAUGUAUCAGUCUCCAGGGCAGUUCCAUGUGCCCCUCGUUCCAGAACAACUUUGUCAAGCCUAGCAACCUGUCGGGCGAGUUCAACUUCUUCGAGACGGUUACCGAUGUCGCUUCCUUCGACACCCUCUUCCACUACUACCUCACCUCGCAAAACGGCUACUACACGGACAAGAUCCAGAACGGCCUCUCGUGCAACACCACCCUCGCGACCAACGUCACGGUUCAAUGGCAACAGACGGUCUUCUGCUCGCAGUUCUCGGAAGCGUCGUUCGAGUCCGGCUGCACCGCCGAGACACCGCCCACGCUUGUCUGCCAGGAGACGUGCAACCAGUUCGCCGCGUCCGAGGAGGACAUUGUGGACAACACCGCCUACUGCCGAUCCACCGACGAGCUCAGCACCUUCCAGCGAAGCGUUCGAUCCGACACGCUCUCCAACGACUACUACACCUGCACCGACUACAGCUCGCUCGCCACCACCAACGUCAACUCGUGCGCUACGGGCAUCCAGAACGAGGGCAGCUGCGGUUUCGGCUACUCGAUCGACCAACUUUGCGCCUUCUGCGACCCUGCAGGCGGCGUCACUCCUCCUCCUUGCUGCACCGAGUCGCGAACCAACCUCUCGCAGUGCGCGCAGUGGGGCCACCCUCUCGCUGCUAGCAUCACCCCGACCACCACGGUUGCCACGGGCGUGCCCGGCGCUACCCAGACUGCCUCGGGCAGCGCUGGUGAGAACUCGGCCACCGUCACUGGUACCGCUGGUGCCUCUGCUACUGGCACCGGUGCUGGUGCUUCUUCGCGAACCAACAGCGGUGCUGGUGCUUCCAACACCUCGGGCAGCGGCUCGGGCAACAACUCUGGCAGCAGCUCGGGCGCCAACAGCGCCGCCGAUGGCCAGCAGCUCGUCAGUGCGGACGACAAAGUGUUCAGCACGGGCGAGCUUGCCGGUAUCCUCGCGGGUGUCAUCGUCGGUGCUCUGAUCCUCGGUGCCCUCCUUGCCCUCCUCUGCCUGCGCCGACGCGGUGACAAGGGCGAUACUGAGAAGAACACCGUCUACGGUGCUGCUGCUGCUAACAACGGGAGUCACGUCGAGCGCCCCUGGAUCCAGUCUGAGGAGGCGAUGGUCAAGUCGCCCGAGCUCGGUCGUCCCUCGACGGAUGCCAAGUUUGGCGGUCCUGCUGCGAUCGGCUCUCUCGCGGCUGCUGGUGGUGCUGCUGGUGUCGGUGCUGCUGCCGCUGCCAAGGGACGUGAUUCUGCUGAGGAGCGUCCCAACAGCGCCAUGUCCGGCGAGACGGGCACCGACGGGCGAGGAACCACGAUUCCGGCUGUCAAAGACCAGUACUCGUCGCACGACAUCUGCCCCGGCGAGACGGUUGUCGCCAUCUACCCGUACAACGCUACGCUCAACGACGAGAUCACGCUCCAGCCGGAUGACGUGGUGACGGUGCAGCGUCUGUACGACGACGGCUGGGCGCUGGGUCGCACCGAGGCCGGCGGCGAGGGAGCCUUCCCAUUGGUCUGCGUCACCUCGACCAAGGGCGGCACCUCGGGUUCCGGUGAAAACCUCUCUGGCGCCAACGACCUCACUUCGUCUGCCGGCCACGCCGUCACCGCUGAAGAGAGCGCAUAA